GAUUCGUGUUCUGCAGCUCCACACCGCCUGCAGCACUUCUACACCUGAUAAACACCCCCGACGCGGCUGACGGGACAGUUCCACCUGCUCCGUUGAUCAGCUGAGACACAAGCUCCGACUUUUCUUGUUUGUUUGAUUUUUUUUUGCUGGGAGGAGAUGAAACUAGAAGUUUUCUCCGCGCACCACUUUGCGCAGAAGCCGCUGGAGCUCUGCAUGGAGCCAGACGGAGGGCUUCCCUCUCCUCUGUCCGGGGAUGAGCUCGGCUCAGACGGAGACUGCGUGGCAAACAGCCCGGCACCUGUCACUCAAGGAGGCAGCGAGAGCGCCAAAGGGAAGCCCUACACCCGCAGACCAAAGCCCCCGUACUCCUACAUCGCCCUCAUCGCCAUGGCCAUCCGGGAGUCCAGCAGCGGUCGCCUGACCCUGGCAGAGAUCAACGACUAUCUGAUGAAGAAGUUCCCGUUUUUCCGCGGCAGCUACACCGGCUGGAGGAACUCCGUGCGUCACAACCUGUCACUCAACGACUGCUUCCUCAAAGUGCUCCGGGACCCGUCCAGGCCCUGGGGGAAGGACAACUACUGGAUGCUGAACCCGCACAGCGAGUACACCUUUGCUGAUGGGGUCUUCCGGCGCAGGAGGAAGCGCAUCGCCAAGAGGGGCCCUAAGGAGCAGGAGAGCCCGGACAUGCUGAGUGAGGACACCCGGCUCCCCGCCCCGGAGGAAAGAGUGGGGGCCAAGUUCUCCAGCUCCUUUGCCAUAGACAGCAUCCUCAGCACCCCGUUCAUCAGAAGAGAGGAGCACCACCCAGACGCACAGAACCCCACCCCGCGGAUGUACUGGCCCCCAGGGGCCCACACGUUGCCAUACGCUCUGAACUAUCCGGUCCACCAUACAUAUCUGUCCGAGGCAGCGUACGGCAGCACAGAGCCUGGCAGGGAUCCGUACCUGCUGGCAACAGCAGCGGGCAGGGCCGCACCUGCGGCCACCUUCAAGGUGCCCAGCAGAACCAGAGGCUUCCACAUAGACUCUCUGCUGUCAUAAAAAAAAA